AAGGCUUCAAUCAAUCACCACCACUACUCCCUCUUCCCCAUUGUCCGUCUCUUUCUCACCAUCCUAUAAACCUACCUACAACUGUUUCGAAUGCUCAAAUAAAUUGUUUAUACUAUCUGCUUUGUCCUGCCUGUGCUACAUGGGUGAUUCGCCCGCAGCAAUAUCUACAGCCUCUCCCUAGAAACACAACUGCUACAGUACGAACUAUUCCCCAUCACUGCGCUGCUCUUGGCGUCGCUACAUCGCCAACCGACCUGAGCCCUGGUUCGCUGUCGGUUGAUAAACAAGCGGUGACGUUGUAGCUGGUCAAUCCGAAGGCAACAAAUAUGCCUGCUCCACCCUUCAAAGUCAAGGCCGUCUACGAAUAUACGUCCCCUCACGAAGAUGACCUGCACUUUCCGAAUGGCCAAAUUAUAACGGUUACCGAGGAGGAGGAUGACGAUUGGUAUUCAGGGGAGUACGUGGACGCCGAGGGGGUCAAACAGGAGGGCAUAUUCCCCCGGAAUUUCGUCGAGAAAUACGAACCGCAAGCUCCUCCGCGGCCUGUCCGUUCUGCGCGACCGAAGAAGGAGGCCGAACAAGCAGCACCUGUCCAACGCCCGGCGCCCGAACUGGCUCCAGCUCCGGUUGUUGCCGAGCCUGUCCCAGAGCCUGUCCCAGAGCCCAUUGUUGCCGAGACUCCAGUCGCAAUCGAGAAAGUCGUAGAGACGAUACCUCCAAAGAUUGAACCAUACGCCCUUGCCGUGCCAAAACAGGCUGAGAAACAUGCCGCUCCUGCGCAAGUAGCACCUAGAGCAGCCGCCCCACCUGCGGGGAGAUCACCCCCUGCAGAGGAACCGGAUAAACCAACGGGGUCUUUCAGGGACCGUAUCGCCGCAUUUAAUAAGUCUGCCGCGCCUCCACCAGCCCCAUUCAAGCUGGGUGGACUUGGUGGUGGCUCGAGCUUCAUCAAGAAACCGUUCGUCCCGCCGCCACCGAGCAAGAACGCCUAUAUCCCUCCCCCUCGCGAUACUCCCGUGGCAAAGAUUUACAGGAGAGAGGAAGACCCUGAGAUUGCCGCAAGGGAAACCGAGAACCAGGAGAGUGCGGAGAAAGCAGGACUCACCGCGACUGGCCAAGAGGGUGAAGAGGAUCAGCCAAAGCCAACGAGCCUCAAGGAGCGCAUUGCCUUGUUACAGAAGCAACAGGCAGAGCAAGCUUCCAGACAUACCGAUGCUGCGCAGAAGAAGGAAAAGCCGAAGCGCCCCGCAAAGAAGCGCACCGACUCUCAGCCCGUAGGCGAGCAACUGGAGUGCGAGGAAGUACCUCUGGAGAAGCAAGAGAGCCACGAAACAGUGGGCAGGCAAUCUAUCGAUUCUUCCAGAGACGAAACUGCUCGCCAGCAACCUCAAAAGAGACGCAAGUCAUCAAAGGGACCACCUGUUAUUCCGGCUCCUGCUCUGGAGGCUGACGGCAACGAUGCUGAUAUGUCAGGAGCGGGCGACGAGACUGAGGAGCCUGACACUGGACUUGAAGAUUCGGAUGCCAAGCCGACUGUUAAAUCGCACGCGCCACCUCCACCGGCUCGUGGACCUGUUUUCCCAGCACACGAACCUGAUGUAGGCGACGAGGAGGACGUUGCGAGCGAUAGAGAGGAACGAGAGGAGGGCGAAGAUGAUGAAGAGCAGGGCGAAGAUGAAGAAGAGGAGGAGGAGGUUGACCCUGAAGUUCGCAGAAAGGAGGAAAUCAGGGCUCGUAUGGCAAAAAUGAGUGGAGGCAUGGGCAUGCAUGGCAUGUUUGGUCCUCCCGGGGGAAUGCCCAUCCCUAUGGCGGGUGCAGGUGCGGCGCCGAAGAAAAAGAAGGCUGCUUCAGGCGAUGCACGGCCUUCCGGAGAGUACGGCUAUGACGAGAGCAGCCCCACGAGCUCUCGUGCUCCUCAGGUUCCGAUCAUGGCCUUACCGGGUUUGUCCAAGGUCCGUACGCCGGAAGAAAUGCCUUCUGGUGUUGUGAUGAGUACACGCGAACCGGAAGAAAUUCCGGAUGUCGAAGAUACUGUUGGGGCUGUCGCUCCAGCGCCUUCAGAACAUCGCCCUGCUCCCCAACGAUCAUCGAUGAGUUACGGUAGUUUUAAAGCUCCGGCUGUGCCCGGUGGAAGGCCAGCACCACCGCUAGUGCCUGUUGAACCUCGCCCUGCACCUGUAGCAACCGCGUUGUCUCCAAGUGCUGGGUCUAUAUCGGACGAUGAGUUAUCUACCCGGGUAUCAGCACAAACACCAACAGGUGAAGCUCCACCCAAGUUAACGGCGGCUCCGAACCUUCCUAUAAGGGAAGAGAAACCAAUUCCUUCGGCGUUGUCAACGGCGAAGGCUGGGUCGUACGAACCAAGCCCUGUAUCUCCUACCACACCUGGUGCAAACAAACGAGCGAGUCGUGUUCCACCUAUUCCUGGUUCCAGCCCUGUUGUCGGUGCUGGUCAGACCCGUGCUCCACCGCCCCCGCCGCCGACAGGUUCGCUGAGCCGGGCGUCAACUGGCGAUGCUAGAUUUGCGCCGGUGCCCACUUCCACUCAGCGCGAGGAGACUGACGAAGAGGUCACUGAAUAUGAGGGGGACUACGACACUGAUAUUGCCCCUACAGAGCCGCAUAAAGAUGCAUUGAAAGCGCAGGCUAGAGAGUCAAGCAUCGAUGAUGAGUCGGCGAGGUCUUCCUUUGGUUCCCCCGCAGGGCCACCUCCACCACUGCCGCCGGUUGCGGCCCCUCGUGGUGUACCUCCGCCCCUCCCAUCGCAACCUCCGCCACAUGCUCGCCAGUCUUUGGAUAUGCCACGGGCCGUGCCGCCACCGCCACCACCACCAAAGCAAGAGACCUCAGGAGAUUAUGAUGAAGACGAUGACGAGUACGACCCAUUCAAGUAUACGGCCCCCAAAUCGGGUGUCCCAGUGAGCGCCGCAACGGUUAGAAAGGUUUCUGGUGACAGCGAAGACUUGUACUCAACUUCUCCUCCACGACACGCCCCUCCUCCUCAUGAUGGGCGGGCUCCGCCUCCACCUCCUCGUGAUGCAGCGCCCCCUAUCUUACCCACCGCUUCCGUUGCUCAGGCUGAGAGAGCCGCACCGCCCCCACCACCCCGGGAGCUUGCCCUUACUCCAACCAAUAGAGCAGCGCCAAGACAAUCUGUGGAUGUACAAAGAAGUACUGGACCAACACGGCGAUCGACCGAUUUGAACCGAAUGUCAAUGGACCAUGGUUUUAUCGCCAACGAUGUGGACUUGGCGGAAGGCAGCUUAUGGUGGACCAACCCCAGUGGUGUCCCUCCAGCAUUCCAUGGGCGGAAGGAUCUCCUGCAUGAAGCCGAAGAGUCGACUGUUAGUAAACGAGGCGGGAAGUUUGUGACUACCAAAGAUCUUUACGUGUUAUUCCCCGACUAUUCACAAACUGUGGUCACUGUUCAGUUCGACCCUCAGAACCCAUCCGACGCUACAUUCGAGCAGCGCCACGAGCAACCCCCUUCCCGCCUGCGCCAAGAUCAGCUGGAAGAAGCGCACGAGCGCUUUGGUAGCCGUAUCCACGACGCUGUGGUCGCCAAGAAGGAAGUUGUUGUCGCAGACGGCACCCCAGCUGGCCUAAUCCUUGAGCUUCUAAAGCCGUUCAAGGAUGCCUUGCUUCCCAUUGGCACACGAGCGUAUGGUGCCCUGGUCUACAGCAAUAUCGGGAACUCACUGACGUCCCAAUUCGACGAGAUCCGACCGGGCGAUAUCAUCACCCUGCGUAAUGCCAAGUUCCAAGGGAAACACGGCCCGAUGCAUGCCAAGUACACGGCCGAAGUCGGGAGGGGCGAAGGCCACGUCGGUGUGGUUGCGGAGUGGGAUGGGCCGAAGAAGAAGGUGCGUGCUUGGGAACAAGGACGGGAAAGCAAGAAGGUUAAGCUUGAGAGCUUUAAGUUGGACGAUCUCAGAAGUGGCGAGGUCAAGAUCUGGAGAGUCAUGCCGAGGAGCUGGGUGGGCUGGGAAGGCGAGAAUUCAAAGUGAGAUACGCGUGUGGCAAGGCCAUGAGGUAAUAAGCGCGUAGGUGGUGAUAGGUGUAUUUAGUUCACUCUGCUAGUAGCAAUGUGCCAGUACCAUACACACCCCAUUGUCAACUUUGUCUUACUUCCGAUCCCAGGUCACACCGCCUCGACGGGUAGACACAGCAUAUGCAGAACGGCAUGGAAUUCAUAUUCUUCAUAUAUUGUAAUAUACAGUUACAUCUAGUUCGGGCGAAGUAUGUACAUGACGGCCAGCCCUGCCACCGCAGCACCCGUCGCCAGGCCCUCUAAUGCUACAAGCGUGACAUCUUGUUUCCGCAGCGAGACCUUCUCCUCGCUGAAGAGGUUCUGUACUCGCGCUACACAGGGCGAAACCAGACCUUCUUUCCAGGUAUUUGGUUGGCGCCACUGCAGCGAGAAUUCGGGCGUCUUACCUUCUGUCUCUAGGGGGGUUGCCUCGGGGCUACCAGUCGUCUCUAUAAUCCCAGCGGCCAGCUCAGGGGUAGUUACCCCUAUCAACUCCACCUCGAGACUCUGCUCUUUUGCCUCUACGGCUUCUACGCCACCGGCAGAGCCAGCCUCUCCAUCCUCAAUUCUCAAGACUUCCCUCUCCCUCUCCAGCGCCGCCAGCACUUUAUCUUCAAAUCCCUUCGUCAGCCUCUCCCUCCUCCACGGCUCAAACCCGAACUGAAACACCAAGAACAACAACACAUUGACCCCCAUCAACCCCCACGUCCCCCACGUACUCAUCCUACGAAUCUUAUCCGACCAAAUCUGCUCCUCAUGAUACCUCGCCAAAAUGGCAGCAUUGAGUCUCGACCCCGCCUGCUCCGCCGUCCUCUCCGCAUCCGCCAACCGCUGCGUCGCCUCCUGCACCGCAUGCUCAUUCCCAUGAUCGCUGCGAUACAGACUCGUGAAGCGCUCCAGGUCAAUCGGCGUCCACGUAUCCUUCCUCGCCAGCAGCGUCGUGACCUCGCGCUGGCUAGCAGCGCGGUCCGCGACGAGCUGCUUGUAGUUCUGGCGCGAGACGCGGACGUCUUCCUGCGAAGCCUCGAGGUGCUGCUCGUGCGCAGUGAUGGUGCGUUUUAGGGCCUCGAUGCCGGAGUAGCCGGUGAGGUCAUUGAGGUGCUGCGAAGCGAGGAAGAUGUUGCCUUGCAGGUUGUCCAUUAUGUUUGUGAGGCGCUUGGAGAUGUGGGAGCGGCGGCGCUCGGAGGCGGAGGGGAGCUCGCCACUGUUGGGCGUGA